AUGUCCGCUGUCAUAACUGUGGAACGAGUCAGCAAAAAACCACGUAUUGCCGAGGAGAAGGCACAAAGUGAACGCUCUCAAGAUUUGAGUGAUGAACGUGUCAUCGUUCCAGAUAUUCAUGAGAAAUGGUUCAGCUUUCGCAAGUUAUGGGCGUUCACAGGGCCUGGCUUUUUGAUGAGUAUUGCUUAUCUGGAUCCAGGAAACAUUGAAAGUGAUUUACAGUCUGGAGCCACUGCCAAAUACGAUCUACUUUGGGUGCUGUUAAUUGCUCAUAUUCUUGGCCUGUUACUUCAACGAUUAUCUGCCCGAGUUGGUGUGGUUACUGGCCGUGAUGUUGCUGAAGUUGCUCGGCAUUAUUAUUAUAAAUUUCCCAGAUAUUUUCUUUGGAUUAUGGUUGAAAUUGCUAUUGUUGGAUCUGAUAUGCAGGAAGUUAUUGGUACAGCAACUGCACUAUAUCUUCUCUCAAAUGGCUGGAUACCAAUAUGGGCAGGCGUAUUAAUUACGGUUUGUGAUACAUUUACAUUUAUGUUAUUGGACCGUUAUGGUGUUCGUAAAAUUGAAUUUUUCUUCUGCUUCCUUAUCGCUGUUAUGGCUGUAACAUUCGGUUUCGAAUUUUAUAAAGCUUCGCCAAAUGGGGCUGAAGUAGCCAAGGGUACUUUUAUGCCAUGGACUAUCCGGGGUGGUCAAGAAGAAUUCUUAACAGCUGUUAGUGUUAUUGGUGCAGUUAUUAUGCCGCAUAAUCUAUACCUGCAUUCUUCACUAGUCAAGAGCCGUGAAAUUGAUCGUCGAGUCAAAUGGAACGUUCAGGAGGGUAACAAGUAUUACUUUAUUGAAUCAUCGUUUGCUUUACUUUGUUCAUUUUUUAUUAAUGUUUUGGUGGUGUCUGUAUUUGGACAAGGUUUUUUUGGCCAAACGAACGCUGAUAUUCAAAAACGAUGUCUUAGCGGAGACAAUGGAAUGCCGUCAUUUUAUUUGGAUGUCUUCAAAAAUGAUACAGAAAGUGCUGAUGCAGAUAUAUAUUCUGGUGGCAUAAUGCUUGGUUGCACAUAUGGUGUAGCUUGUCUCUAUAUAUGGGCUAUUGGAAUUCUGGCUGCUGGACAAAGUUCCACAAUGACCGGAACUUAUUCUGGUCAAUUUGUUAUGGAGGGCUUUAUUCAGCUAAAAAUUCCAAAAUGGAAACGAAUUUUGAUCUCCAGGACAAUAGCAAUAUGUCCGACAUUACUUGUCGUUAUUUUAUCUAAAGGAAUAUCCCAAUUAUCAACGUUAAGCGAUUUCUUAAACUGUGUACAGAUGCUUCAACUACCGUUUGCCUUGUUUCCCGUUGUGACAUUCGCUUCAGAACCAAAGGUUAUGUAUGACUUCGCCUGUACUAUGUACGUUUGA